UUCCAAACUUCUUAUCACACCCUUCUCGUUUUCUUUAUUAAAUAGAGUAUAAUUUGAUUCAAUUUGACCAUCGGACUGGUUUUUAUUUGUUUUUUCUUUUUUCCUUUGUCGAAGUCCAGUUAUGGUGAAAUCGAGUGAAAAUAGGGGUCAGUCUAUAGCCCCUUUUCUAAGAAAAUGUUUUGAGAUGGUAGACGAUGAGGCGACGGAUUCAAUAAUUUCAUGGAACCAAAAUAACGAUGGCUUUAUCAUUUGGGAUAUUACUGAAUUUUCAGUUCGUUUCCUUCCUCAGUAUUUCAAGCACAGCAACUUCUCUUCUUUCAUCAGGCAACUCAAUAUCUACGGUUUUAGAAAAACCGAUCCCGAUCGUUGGGAAUUUGCAAAUGACGGAUUUAUCAGAGGUCAGAAAGACUUGCUGAAGAAUAUAGUUAGACGGAAGUACUCCCAGGGGUCUGAGCAGCAUAAAUCAUUGCAGCAGCAGCAGCCGGAGAACUCAGUUGAAUCUUGUGAAAAUACCAAAAAUAUUAGGCUGUGGAAGGAAGUUGAGAAUUUGAAGACCGAUAAGAACGCUCUUACGCAGGAGUUGGUUAAACUCGGGCAGUACCAGCAGAUUGCUGACAAUAAGUUGCUUCUCUUGAACGAUCGUCUUCAAGGAAUGGAGGAAAGUCAGCAGCAGUUGUUGUCAUUCUUAAUAAUGGCAAUGCAAAGCCCAGGAUUUUUGGUCCAACUGAUUCAACCGAAGGAAAGUAAUUGGCGCAUGGCUGAAGUGAACAAUAUGCUAGAACAAGUUACUGAGGAUGCUGAACCAGUGGCAUCGGAUCAUAUGAUAGUACAGUAUCAGCCACCGACGAUCGGUGCUCCGCCUUUAUUGGCACCGAUAAUAGAAUCCGAAAAUCAUCGUGAAUCCGAUAGUUCAUCGGAUGGAAUGAAAGAUUUUUGGAUGGACGUUGAUUUUGUUGAAGCACUUAUGGAUGAUAGCCAGAUGCCUCUCGUUCAGCAGCCGGAUUUACACGACUUCGGUGCGUGGGAAAAGCUUCUUUUACCGACUGAUUUUCCGGCGAAUAAUGAUGAUGAAAGCUCAUUUGGAAAAAUCCCAUAGUUUCGAGCUCAUGCAGCAGAUACAUCAUAGGGUCUACAAUUUGUUAAA